GUUAAAUUAUUAAUUGAAGUGCAUGUAAAACGAGUUAAUUAAGUAUUUUGUCUGCUAUUAUGCAGUAAUGAGUGUAUCGGCAAUGAAUGGCAAAAAGAAGGGAAGAGGUGUUGGAGUGAGAAAAGCAAAGAAUUUGCUGAAGAAAGUGAAAAAUGUGAACAAACCUGAUAUGGAUUACGAAUUCAAUGUUUAUAACAAUUACUGGAAUAAUAAGAGGGAAUGCAAUAAAAUUAUAAACAAAUUGUAUUUGGGAAGCGAUUCGCCGGUCAACGACUUGAAAACAUUGGACAGACUUAAUAUCAAACGUAUAUUGAGUGUGAAGGAAGAGCCGGUGCCCGACGACAGCCGCUUCCCACACAUCCAAUACGAUCACAUCGAGGCCGGAGACUUUCCUGACCAGGACUUGCUCUCCACAUUUGAUUACUGCUAUCAUCUCAUAUCAAAUGCUAUCGCAAAGGGAGAGACGAUUUAUGUGCACUGCGGGAGCGGUUCCUCAAGAAGUGCCACAAUUGUGAUGGCAUUCCUCAUGAAAAAGUACGGCAAUAGUUAUCAAGAGUCGAGGACUCGCGUCGAGAGCCGACGAAAAGUGUUUCCAAACGAGGGUUUUGUGGAUCAGUUAAAGUUAUACGAGAGGAUGAACUACUCUAUCGAUGGCAGUAAUCAAGAGUACCGACGAUUUUUGCUCAAAUCGCUAACCUAUCAAUUGAGAUCCAACUCUCAAAUGUCUACCACUGCCUGUGAUCUCAGCUUAAAAUCAAUGCCCAAAAGUGAUAUCGAAAAAGAGUUGCCAUUGAUUUAUGAAUACAAUUGUGUAAAGACUUAUUUGGACAAAAUUUUUGCCGCAGAGAAUACCCUUCAAUAUAGUAACAAAUGUGUGGACAAAGGGGAUAGUUAUGGCUGUUAUAAUUGUAAUUAUGAACUUUUCAAUGAAAUUAACAUAAUAGCCACCAAUGGGUCCGACAAUAAAUGUGAAAAUCUAUUCAUUGAACCGCUGGACACGUAUUGUACUCAUUCUGGUGGCCAAAAGUCAGGUUACAUAAAAUGUCCAAAAUGUGAUCAUAUGUUUGGCACUUAUAAUUGGCUUUUAUAUCAAUGCGGUUGUGAUUCACACCUAUCAUUGAGAGACUGUUUGGCCAUUAAGGUGUUUUGGUCCAAGGUGGUCUCUAAACAGGAUAAACAUUAAUAUUAAUUCUAAUUUAUAUAUCGGUUAGGUUUAUGUAAAUAA